UCCUCUUCACACAAAAUGGUGCACAAGGAAAAUAAGGAGCUGGCAUUUGUAGGUGCUACAUGGUUAAAAUGAACGGUACCUCUGUCAUUAUGAGAACUGCUCAACAAAGCAAUGUUUAUUUUACCUAAUUAUUCAUACUUAUUAUGUACAUGUACAACAAUGAUGACAGUGCUUGGAAACUUUCAAGUUAUCUGUAAAGGAUAGGAGUGUUCUGUAUGCUAUGAUGCAUUUAAUUGAAUUUCUAUUGAACUUUCCAACUCAUAUGACUUGGUUAUUACACAUGCAAAACUGAGAGAAAAGAUGUAGAAGGGAAAAUCAUCAGAAAAACCUUUGACAUUAUAAAGUUAAUGUUCCAAUGGAGAUAAUAUUAGUCGUCUUGCAACCAAAGCAAAACAUCAGUAGCCAUGACUACCGGUCAAAAUUUUACAAUGUAUUGCUUCUUGACCACAAAACAACCACAGGGGAUAAGAGUAAGCCAACAAAGUAUCUGCCCACAUUCCCACUCACUAACAUGGGGGAGGAACCCCGUGACGAAGUGUUGGGCAAUCUGUACAGACUGACAGGCGGGGAACACGGCGGCAUCAAAGGAGAGAGAGCUCUACUUAUUCCAUGGAACAGCAGGGACUUCCGUGCGUCUCUCUCCAGAUUCUACUUGUUUUGUGUUCCAGUCAAUUCCAGAGACAAGCUGAACAAGACAUUUGUGGAGAAGUCUCCAAACAGUCCUGGGUUCUUCUCCCUAGACACAAUGGUGGAGACGCUGAACAAUGGCAUGACCAACUACCCUCCUCCGACACAGACAUUCAUCUCCCAGCUGGAGAGUUGGCUGAAGGAAAAACAUUCCAGACCCGGAUCCCUAGAUAUUCUUUUCCAAAACAGGGCAGACUACCGUAUAAAGUUCAGUAUCAACAACCCUGCAUUCCUCCCCAGUGGUCAUGAAGUAUCACCCGAAUCAAAUGGGAUGAUCAUUGACGAUACCCCAGAUGAUAUCAGGUUGACGGCCAACGAAGCUCUAGCUAAGGAACUAGCCAUUGAGAAAUGUGACAUUGUUGUUAUAAACCCAAUCUUUGGGUCACAAAUGCCUUAUAAGACAAAUGUAAAUAACUUUGUGAGAAACAUGUACUGGCCUUCCACACCACCCGACUACGACUCACGCCGUAGUAGCGACACCAGCUCCAUCGAGGGAGUGGGAAUCGGGACGUUUCUCAGCAGUAUGGAUGACCAGUAUCAACUCCACAAGUAUGCCUCUGAGGGCAACUGUGACCUGCUGCUGGAGCUGAUUAACCGAGGGUUCCCCGUCAACGACACAGACAUCAAGUACCUCACACCUUUACACUAUGCCUCAGCUCGGGGUCAUAAGGAUGCAGUUCAAGUAUUACUUCGAGCCGGGGCAAACCCCAAUGCCAGAACGGACAACAAGGCCACAGCACUACACCUGGCCACAAUGUACGGAAACGUCCAUGUGGCAGAGGUAUUGUUACGUCACCCUGAGAUCAACAUGGACAUUCAGGAUAGACAUGGUAAGACGGCCCUCAAUUAUUGUGAGGAGACACAGUACUGGGCACAGAAACGCAUUGGGGAACUUAUCAGGGCAGCAUCUAAUUCAAAUACUCAGGAGAUUGAGAUCAACCUCACAGACAAAGCAGUAAAGAAGUUAAAACUAGUCAAUGGCACAAACACCACCGUAAAACAACUAAACCUACAACUCUUCAGGGAGUAUAAUAUGUCUGAGGAGGUGUUUUCUGAGAUCUUCACAAUUUGGAUUUGCUCCAACAGUUUAGAGCUACAGUUGAGACAAGACCACUGUCCUAUAAUUGAGUUACAAGUGUGGAAUAGAAAUGUGAAGAUGUUGACUGAUGCCAAUCCUGGUAGCGAGGUUCCACAGUUGAGAUGGCGGCGGAACGCAAAGAUCGGACUCAAGGAGGAAAAAGGGGUGACCCAUCCGCAGGCAGUGCACAUCUUGUUCCACGAGGCUUACAACAACUACAUCCAGGCACUUUACCCCUGUAAGGACCAGGAUGUACUCACCUUCGCCUCUAUCCUCAUCUAUAAGGAACAGAAGGGAGAGUUUGACUCGGCAUCAGCUAAGAGCCAUGUCACUAGUAAGAACCUGCAGAAGUUGGUGCCAGGACCAAUGCUGAAGGCUAAGAGUAGCAACUGGGCAUCCCGGAUCCUUCACCACUAUAAGGACUUUUGUCCUCACCUGGCUGACACACUGGAGGUGCGCAACAGCACACAUCAACAGCGAGAUCAGGCAUUGAAGCGCCAGUUUCUGGAAUUCUGCAGACACCUUACAGUCUACGGUUCUGCAUUCUUCAGGGGCAUGCUUCUGUCUAUCCAAGGAAAGGUAGGCCCUCAAAAGAUAUAUCAAAGAUAGGCCUUCAAUAACAUGGAAAGGAAGGACAUGAAACACAAAACUAUUAAUGACCAGGAAAUUUAGGCUCUCAGAAACUAUCUAUCACUAGGUAGGGUCGGCCUUCAGAUCUAUGAAUUACAGAAACUAUCUAUCACUAGGUAGGGUCGGCCUUCAGAUCUAUGUAUUACAGAAACUAUCUAUCACUAGGUAGGGUCGGCCUUCAGAUCUAUGAAUUACAGAAAC